CCCAGCUGGGUUACGUUUUUCCAUUCAUAUCCCUUCGAGCGUGAGUCUUGAGGAGUUCCGGAAUUCAAGAUUCGCACGCACACGUUCGCUGGAGGGGAUAGACCAAUCAGGGCGGCGGAAGUUUCGCUCACCCAGAUUUUCCGGAGUACGUACCCAUUCACUCACGUGUUGUGGUGUGGAAGUUUCCAUUUCUAAACACGUGCGAGAGUUCGGGAUUUCUCGGAAACUGCUGGGUGAGAAGUUACGAUCUAUUUUUUGCCUCGACGCGACUGUCACAAACACUCAACAACGACAAAAAAAACUUUGCUCCUGCAAAAUCGUUAACUUCUUCUUCAAUUAGACCCUAUCUAAGCCCAACUGGAAUUUACACUGAUUUAGGAGUUUGGAGAGGUGGGAUUCUCGUGGAUUGUAAGUACAGGCCAUGCUGCAGAGGAAGAAACAGCUGAAGAUUGCAGAAGAGAAGAAGAUGAAGGUGGAGAAAGCUAAGGUCAUUGAGGUCAAGGUCAACAUGUGGAUUGAGGAAAGAACAGCUAAGGAGCAGGAAUCGAGAAAAGCCAACUGGAGGCUAGAGAAGACAGAAACAACUUGAAGCAGAAGAGAAGAGGGGAGUCCAGGAGAAAGCAAAGUAUAGGCCAUGCUGCAGAGGAAGAAACAGCUGAAGAUUGCAGAAGAGAAGAAGAUGAAGGUGGAGAAAGCUAAGGUCAUUGAGGUCAAGGUCAACAUGUGGAUUGAGGAAAGAACAGCUAAGGAGCAGGAAUCGAGAAAAGCCAACUGGAGGCUAGAGAAGACAAAGAAACAACUUGAAGCAGAAGAGAAGAGGGGAGUCCAGGAGAAAGCAAAGGAGAACUAUGGAGAAUGGAGGAGCAAGAAGAAGGCUGCAAAAGAGAUGAAGGAGAAGAAGGAGAAGGAAGAACAAAGAGCUGAAGAAGAAGCCGAAAGGAGGAGGAAAGAAGAGGCGGAAGAUGCAUACCUGAAGUGGAAAGAAGAGGCCAAGACGAGACCAUUUCCCCUAGCUACUCAAUUUGGCUUUCCUCAGGGCUCUGUCAAAGGCUACCAUGACAAGGCAAGCUACGCCAUUCCCAGCUACUACAACCCAGUCCCCUGGAUGCCUAUACACACCCCCAAAUAUCACACCAAGCCUGUUGCAUAGGGGAAGAAAGGGCGGGGUAAGAGGACCAAUGCUACCUCAUCAGGAAGGCAGAUACAACAAGCGUUGUCAACCCCUCUGCUCUUCAGAGAACGGUCAGCAAAGGAUAAGCUUGGGAAACUCAGGUGACAUUAAGGGUAAAAGACGGUGAAGAACAUUUCUUCUGUAAAUCCUGUAUUUGAUAAAAACCUUUAAUCUGUUCUUAGCAACAGAUUAAAGGGCGGGUGAAGAGGACCAAUGCUACCUCAUCAGGGAGGCAGAUACAACAAGCGUUGUCAACCCCUCUGCUCUUCAGAGAACGGUCAGCACAAGAGAAGCUAGGGAAAUGCAUUUGUUGUGACGUAGGGUC